AUGCAGGGAGAAUUCUCGUUCUCGGAUGAUUCCUCGGUGCCAUUAGUGGAGGAUCAGGGAUUGGACGAGCUGUGGGGAUCGUUGAGACAGAAGAAGCAGACGCAGAUGGCAAAGGAUAAGUCUAAAGUCAAGUCGCUCGAGGAAGUCGAAUUCUCCCAGCAAAGUCCCGAAGUAUCCGAUCCACCCCGGCCUCCAAUUCACAAGUCGGUGAAGAGGACCAAAUCCUUAACUUCCUUCCGCGAGUCGAGUGACGGGAAGAUACUUAUUGCAUUCUUCGACAUGCGCGAUGUUGCCAAGGAGAACAUAAAUGUUACUUUCCAGAGCCAUCGUCUUAUGGUAUCGUGGUUCUCUGUCACUGUCAAUGAAACGGAAGACGAAGAAGGUCGUGUUGUGAUAGAAAAGAUAGAAAAGAAUUACCAAAGAACGCUUCCCUUGCCCGAGGGUACCACAUUCGAAGAAAUUAGAGGCACAAUGAAUGGACGACAUUUAGUCUUACGUUUGCCCAAUAGCCGCGCCUUCAAGGUUCAGAAUGUAACCGAGUCGACGGCGGAAUUUUAA